AUGAGAACAAGUACCUCGAGCGAGCCCGAGAAGCAAAACGUCAUUGUCCUAACAAAUGAACCGUCUUUGGACGAGGAUUACGACUACAGUGAUCCCCAUAACUACAGUACCAAUUACAUUGACGAGUACAACCCAAAUGGAUUACGAGUUCCAACAAAGACUGAAGAGCAAUCGUUGAGGAGAGUGAUUGGUAAGAUUAACUUUGCCAUCAUUUUGAUUUGUGUUGUUGAGUUUGCAGAGAGAGCUUCAUACUAUUCCGUUACUGGUAUUUUGACAAAUUUCAUCCAAAGACCAUUACCGGAGGGCUCACCACAUGGUUGGGGUGCGCCUGCAUCAAAUAGUGGAAGUGAAAGUGCUGGUGCUUUGGAUAGAGGCUUGCAAACAGCAAGUGCAUUGACAAACUUGCUUUCAUUCUUGGCUUACGUUGUGCCAUUGUUUGGUGGCUAUUUGGCAGACACAAAGUGGGGUAGAUGGAAAACAAUUCAAAUGGGGGUCAUAUUUGGUGGUGUGUCCCAUGUGUUAUUCAUUGUGGCGGCAGCACCAAGUGUCAUUGCCAAUGGCAAAGCUGGUUUGGCGCUUUGUAUUCUUGCCAUCUUCACAUUGGCUCUUGGCUCAGGAUUUAUCAAACCAAAUCUCUUGCCAUUGAUGUUGGAUCAGUACCCUGAAUCAGGAAAUAGAGUCAAAGUUUUGAAAAGCGGUGAGAAAGUUUUAGUUGAUAGGGAAAAGACUUUGGAAAGUGUCACCUUGGUAUUUUACUGGUCUAUCAAUAUAGGGGCUUUUUUCCAAUUGGCAACUUCUUAUUGUGCUAGACGUGUUGGGUUCUGGUUGGCGUUUUUUGUACCAUUGAUUCUUUAUCUCGUUAUGCCAAUAGCAUUUUGGUGGGUUAAGCCAAAGUUGGUAUUUGAAAAGCCCAGUGGUUCCAUCUUGGGUGUUGUGCUCAAAAUUCUUGUCGUGUCGUUUUCAGGCAACUUUGUCAAGCGUAUAUUUGACGGCACAUUUUGGGAAUAUGCCAAACCCUCCGUGAUGAAGGCAAGGGGUCGUGAAACUUUCAAAAUGGGAACACCAAUAAACUGGACAGAUCAACAUGUUUUAGACGUUAAGCAAACAUUGGAUGCGUGUAAAUUGUUUCUUUACUUUGUGUUCUACAAUUUGGCUGAUGGAGGUUUGUCAUCUGUCAUCACUUCAUUGGCGGGGGCUAUGGAUUUGAAUGGUGUUCCAAAUGAUUUGUUCAACAACUUUAACCCACUUUCAAUCAUUGUGUUGAUUCCCAUCUUGGACUAUGUUAUCUACCCAAUUUUGAGAAGAUACAGAAUCAACUUUAGACCAAUUCACAGGGUGUUUUUGGGUUUUGUUAUUGCUGCCAUGGCUCAAGUUGCCGGUGCUGUUUUGCAACAUCGCGUCUACCAAACUUCUCCGUGUGGUAACCACUCAACCAACUGUCCAGAACCAUCUCCAAUCAGUGCUUGGCAAGCAUCAUCAUUUUUCAUAUUGACCGGUGCUUCCGAGUGUUUUGCAAUGGCGACCAUCUAUGCCCUUGCUUACACCAGGGCAGCGCCUGCUAUGAAGGGUAUCACCACCGCUUUAUUCCUCUUCACCUUGGCAAUCAGUGCUGCUAUUAGUAUGGCUGUAACUCCAGCCAUCAUUGACCCAUAUUUGGUGAUAGUUUUUGCUGUAGUUGCCGGUGUCGCUUUCUUGGCUGGUGGUAUUUUGUUGAUCCAUUUCUUCAAUUUGCACAAGACAAUGGAACAAGAGGAGAAGGACAGGAUUGCAAUGGGACUCGAGACUUCUGAAAGCACCAAAUUGGAGGAGUUGGAGCCAAUUAGUAGUAUCCAUCCACCAUUAGAUAUAGUCACUUCUAAGUCAUGA